AAGAUAUAUAGAGGUUGUUGUGAAGGGUGAAGAGGAAGUGAGGGGAGAAGAAUUUAAGAGAAAAAUAAUAUAAAAAGAUAAGAUGUGGGGCCUCGGCUUUUUGUGUAAGUGAGAGGUGAGAGAAGGGGAUGGAUGAGAGAGACAGAGAGAAAUAGACGAGGCACAGGUGAACAGAGGGGAUGGGUGAAAAAGAAAAGAGGGGGUGAAGACUGAAGAGGAAAAGGGGAGAGAGAGAAGAAAGAGAAGAAAACUAAUUUGUGUUUUUGUUAAUAUUUUUUAUCUUAAUUAUUGAAUAAAAUUAUUAAAUUACUUUUAGUUAAGAUUCAAAAUUAUUAAAUUACUUUUAGUUAAGAUUCAAAAUAUUUUUUAUUUUUUGGAAGAAGGGAAAAGUCCGAAAAGAUAGGAGUUGAGAAGAAUAAACCUUCUGAUCAAAAACAAAAGAGAGAAUAAAAAACCCAUUAAAAACAAAACUACACUUGCAGCUUUCCUUUUGCUCCAAAAUCAAAAUCCUAAAGAAACUCUUUCGUGCUUCAAUUGUCUCUUGCUUUAUUUAGUUGAAUUAAGAUGGAGGGUGACAGAAUCAGAAUCAGGUGCUUGAACAAACUCUUUCGUGCUUUAAUUGUGCUGUUCACUUUACUGCAAUGUGCUGUCAACCCUUCCCUUUCCCUUGGAUUCAAAAAUAUUUCUUCAGAAGGAGUGGUGAGGUGCUUUGAGAGGGAAAGAGAAGCACUCCUUGCUUUCAAACACGGCCUCGUGGAUCACUACCAUCUCCUCUCUUCGUGGGGAAGAGAAGAACACAAGCAGGAUUGUUGCAAAUGGGUCGGCGUCCACUGCAGCAACCGAACCAACCAUGUUACUCAACUUCAUCUUGGAUGGUCUUAUUUGAGUGAAUCUUACUCACAUCAACAUAAAGCAGACACGCAGUACAUCGAUUAUUUUUUGCAAGGUAAGAUGAUGAGUCCCAAACUACUUGAGUUGCAGCAUUUGAAAUAUUUGGACCUUUCGUGGAUAAACUUCAAUGGGACCCGACUUCCAUAUUUCAUUGGUUCUCUUUCCAAUUUAAGAUACCUCGAUCUCUCUUUUGCUUCUUUUGGUGGUCGAUUUCCAAGCCAAGUUGGAAACCUUACCCACUUGCAAUAUCUUGAUCUCCGAUGGAAUGACUUUAACAGUGCAGAAAAUCUGAAUUCGUGGCUCCCUCUUCUUUCUUCUUUAACAUAUUUGGAUCUGAGUCGCACCAAUCUCAGUAAUGUUCAUGACUGGCUGGAAACAGUUAGUAAGCUCCCUAAACUUACAAACUUGACGUUACAGGGGUGUGGUCUUCCUUCUCCUGUAAUCCAUUCCAGCACUCUUUUUAACAUAAAUUCUUCAAAAUCUCUUGCUCAUGUUGACCUCUCUCACAACCAAUGCACUUCUCCUUCAAUAUAUUUAUGGUUGUCUAACUACAAUGCUAGCCUUGUCUAUCUUGACCUCUCUAACAACAGUUUGACUGGUUUAAUUCCCAGUGUCGUUGAAAACUUGACCUCUCUUGUCCAUCUAUAUCUCUCUCAUAACAAAUUUGACGCGGUGAAUCCACAUUCUUUUUCCAGCUUAUGCAGUUUGCAAUCACUGUACCUAGCCAAUACUAGUCUGAGUGGACAGUUUUCCGAGUUUGUUCAAAUGUUGUCCACAUGCGUUCAAAACUCAUUAGAGUCUCUGUACCUCUCUAACAAUCAUCUUUCUGGAUCAAUUCCUGAUCUCACAAACUUUUCAUCGUUGAAAGAAUUAUUUCUCAUUGGAAAUCAAUUGAGUGGAACAAUACCUGAAAGCAUUGGGCACCUGUCUAAUCUAGAGUAUAUGGACUUGAGUAUGAAUGCUCUCGAAGGUGUGGUUUCGGAAAGCAUUGGGCAACUGUCUAAUCUAGAGUAUAUGGACUUGUCUAUGAAUGCUCUGAAAACUGUGGUUUCGGAAAGCCACUUCUCGAAUCUCUCUAGAUUAAGAUAUUUGGAUUUGUCCUCUACCUCACUAGCUUUAAGCUUCAAUUCUAAUUGGGCUCCACCUUUUCAAUUGGGCUAUAUAAGUUUGGGGUCUUGCAAGAUGGGUUCGUAUUUUCCAAAAUGGCUUCAAACUCAGAAUGAGUAUUUAUACCUUAAUAUUUCUAAUGCUGAAAUUGUGGAUAUUCCAAGCUGGUUUUGGGGUACGACUCGUAACGUGAAAUUUAUCGAUCUUUCCAAUAACCAAAUUGGAGAAAUGUUUGCAAAUUCGACAAUGAAUUUUACGAAUUACCCCAUAGUUCCCUCAACUCUAUCGCAUGCGUCAUAUUUGGAUCUCUCUAAUAAUAACAUUUCAGGGUCAAUUUCUAUCUUGUGUGAAGCAUACAAGAGUUUAAAGUUUCUUAAUCUCUCAAGCAACAAUCUCUCCGGAGAGCUUCCAGAAUGCUUGACACAUUUUGACCAUCUAGUCAUGCUUGAUUUGAGCUACAAUGCUUUUUCGGGGAAAAUUCCAUCCACAGUAGGCUCACUAUAUCACAUGGAAACAUUGAAACUAAGAAGCAACAGAUUUGUUGGAGAGUUGCCUUCAUCCUUCAAGAAUUGCACCAGUUUAAAAGUUAUUGAUGUUGGAAACAAUCAAUUAUCAGGACCCAUACCAAAAUGGUUAGGGGUUAGCCUUCAGAAUUUGGUUAUCUUGAUGCUUUCCUCUAAUAACUUCAAUGGAAGCAUGCCGUCUGAACUAUGCCGUCUAACAAAAAUUCAAAACUUGGAUGUGUCUGUGAACAACAUCUCUGGAGCAAUACCAAACUGCCUCAGCAAUUUGGCUGCUCUGGCACGUAUAGGAAAUUCAUCUCCGAUCCUUCAACAUUGGGUGUCAACAAAUUAUCUUGAUUUUGAUUAUAAGGAUGAUGCAACAUUUGUAUGGAAGGGAAGAAUGUACUCGUACAGAAACACUUUGGGACUCGUGAAGAGAAUUGAUUUCUCAAGCAAUAGGUUAACGGGGGAGAUUCCAAUUGAAAUCACAUAUCUUGUUGGGUUAAUUUCUUUAAACUUGUCAAUAAACGGAUUGACAGGUGAGCUACCUGCAAAGAUUGGAAAGUUGCAAGCAUUGGAGAUCCUGGAUUUGUCAAGAAACCAGAUAGAUGGCAGAAUUCCAACAAGCCUUGCUCGGAUAGAUCGUCUUAGUAUCUUGGACUUAUCAUACAACAAUUUUAAUGGCAAAAUUCCAACAGGCACUCAGCUCCAAAGUUUUGAUCCCUCCAAUUAUGCUGGAAAUCCUCAACUGUGCGGACCUCCACUUCAAAACAUGUGUGAUGAUCAACAGGAAACUGUGAUCUCAAGCAAUGAAGAAGAAAAUGAUGAGCUGAUAACAUGGGGAUUUUACGUUAGCAUGGCGCUUGGUUUUAUUGUGGGAUUUUGGGGAGUCUGUGGUAGUCUGAUUUUCAUCAGGCAAUGGAGAUACUCGUACAUCAGGUUCUUGAAUGUCUUGAAUGAUUGGCUUUAUGUGAAGGUGAUUUCGAUCAAGCGGCACUUCAAUUAAGCAAUGCGUCUUCUGAGAUAGCACAGAAGGGCUCACUUCACUAGAAGAGCUUCAUGGGCCUUAUCUGUUUUAAGUUUUCAAGUAUUGAGCUGUCAUAAUAAAGAACUUUACUACUAAAUCUCUUUGGCAGAGGAUUUGUUAAUGUUAGUUUGUAAGAUAUUUAUGUUUA